AUGGCUCAAUCCGUCCCACCAGGAGACAUCCAAACCCAACCCAAUGCGAAGAUCGUCUUCAAUGCUCCGUACGACGACAAGCACACCUACCACAUCAAGGUGAUCAACUCGUCGGCCCGUCGUAUUGGAUACGGUAUCAAGACCACCAACAUGAAGCGUCUCGGAGUUGAUCCACCAUGUGGAGUCCUCGACCCAAAAGAGGCUGUUCUUCUCGCCGUCUCUUGCGAUGCUUUCGCCUUCGGACAAGAGGACACUAACAACGACCGUAUCACCGUCGAGUGGACCAACACUCCAGAUGGCGCAGCCAAGCAGUUCCGUCGUGAGUGGUUCCAAGGAGAUGGUAUGGUUCGUCGUAAGAACCUCCCGAUCGAGUACAACCCUUGA